UGCCAAACCAACGACAAAGUCAAAGAUCGUUUUUGCCUAUAAGUCUAUUAAAUAAUCUCUGUUGUCCCAAAACGUUCAUCGAAUUCAAGAUCUGCUAAACUCAGUAGGAACAAUGGAGAAGCCAAAGUUCAAGACUGUCCAAGAGGUGGUUGCAGCCGGCCAAGGACUACCGGAGAGAUAUCUCCACGCAUCUGGCAACGGCGAAAGUCAACCUCUUAAUGUUCCGGUGCCGGAGAUGGAUAUUCCAGCCAUCGAUCUCAGUCUUCUCUUCUCUGCUUCUGAAGACGGUCGGGAAGAGUUAGCUAAGCUUCACUCGGCUCUCUCUACAUGGGGCGUUGUUCAGGUGAUGAAUCAUGGAAUAACAGAAGCGUUUCUUGACAAGAUUUACAAGCUGACCAAGGAGUUUUUUGCGCUUCCGACAGAAGAGAAACACAAGUACGCAAGAGAGAUUGGUAGUAUCCAAGGAUACGGCAACGACAUGAUUCUGUGGGAUGAUCAAGUUCUUGAUUGGAUUGACCGUUUGUAUAUCACUACUUACCCUGAAGAUCGGAGACAACUUAAGUUCUGGCCUGAACUCCCAAUCGGAUUCAGGGAAACUUUACAAGAGUACACAAUGAAGCAACGAGUAGUGAUUGAGCAAUUCUUUAAGGCCAUGGCUAGAUCGUUGGAAUUAGAAGAGAAUAGCUUUCUAGACAUGUAUGGAGAAAGUGCUACGAUGGAUACAAGAUUCAACAUGUACCCUCCGUGUCCGAGGCCGGACAAGGUGAUUGGGGUUAAACCGCAUGCUGAUGGCUCUGCUUUCACUCUUCUCUUACCGGACAAAGAUGUGGAAGGGCUUCAGUUCCUCAAAGAUGGGAAAUGGUAUAAAGCUCCAAUAGUUCCUGAUACAAUUCUGAUCAAUGUUGGAGAUCAAAUGGAGAUAAUGAGCAAUGGGAUAUACAAGAGCCCGGUUCAUAGAGUGGUGACUAACAGCGAGAAGGAAAGAAUAUCUGUGGCAACAUUUUGCGUCCCGGGUGAAGAAAAAGAGAUUCAGCCUGUAGAAGCCCUUGUGUCCGAGGCAAGACCUAGAUUGUAUAAAACAGUUAAGAAGUAUGUCGAGCUGUACUUCGAGUAUUAUCAACAGGGACGAAGACCGAUGGAAGCUGCAUUGAUCGCAUAAUACUUUUCAAGUCUCUGUCUUUAUAAGAAUUUGACCAUUGCUUUGUUUGGUUUGAAUGUGAGUGAGACUAUAUUUGUGUUGUGUUACUUCCAAAAAUAUAGUCAAUAAUAUAGUCAAAUUGUUUAGCGUAACUGAUACUAAAUUGUCUAUAUAUUAUUUAUUCUUUUGUCAAAAA